AACGAAUCACCCUGUAUGUGGGUAUUACUACAUGACAGAUAAGAACAUAGCUAAUAGUUAAAUUAUUGUCCAAAAUGAAUAUUUUCUGUGUUAUGAAACCACUGAAUCUUAAUGUUUUCUAUUUAAUGUGUCGGCAGAAAACUUCUACUUUUAGUUCUAUUGCGGUGAACAUAAAUGGACAGACUGAUGAUGUCCUUCAAUUCGAAGGUGUGAAAGGAGAAACUAAGCGGGACAAAUCUGGGCUCCUGCAGCAGCAUAAAAACAUUCUUCGUAAUAAAAACCCUUACUCUACCGCACAUUCAUGGAUACAUUCAACAGAAAAAUAUCAGAGAAAAAUGUUUGCCCGAUAUGGACUCGAAAGUGGAGUCGACCCACGCAUAUGUUUUCCUAAAAAAAAUGAGAUACAGGCGCAGGCCCUUUGUGAGAAACAAAUUGAACCAAAGGCUUUUGCCGACAUGGUUGUGACGUCAAGAUUUGCAGAGCAGCAACAAAUUGAUGAAAUUAAUAGGCGUGAGGAGGCUAUCAUCCGAAAUAUGGAAAAACUUGAGCAAUGGAAAAAAGACCUGCAAAACAAGAUGCAAAAAAAGGAAGCCGAUGCUCUUGCCGCCAAACAAAGAAAGGAACGAUUGAUAGAAGAGGUACGUAGGCACUUUGGAUAUAAAGUCGAUCCUCGAGACGAAAAGUUUAAAGAAGUCCUUGAACAAAAGGAAAAAGAAGAAAAGAAGGUUCAGAGAGAAGCUAAACGACAAGCUAAGGAACAGAAGCUUAUGGCAAAAUUGGCUGGGAACUCCUUAUAGAUAUGCAUCUAGUUUAGUUUGAAUGUAUAAAAAAAUAUGUAAAAAUAAAUACCAUGAAUUCGUUAAUAUUAUUCAGCUUAA